GGACUUCCUGUCCCACCCACAUUCUCGUGUCGCUUCCGGGUGGCCACACAGACUCAUCCCGCGAGCCGUCGUUAUCUGAACGCUGUAAACAAAAAAAGUUGUUGAACGGUUUAACUCCCGCCACACGCUGAACGCAAAGACAUGCAUAUCAAAACAGGUACAUGGGAAGCCAGCAACACUGUGUGUGAGUCCGAUACCCUGUGCGACCCAGCAGUCCUUGUUUCAGCCACCAACUCUGAGCCACACAUUCGCAACCGCCGCUUGUCUCCCGGCUCAGGCAACUGUGGAGGUGGUGGAGGUGGAGGCUGCAUCUCUGGUGGUGACCAACAGCCCAGACAGCUUUCACCCGAAGGCGACCUGAUCGCACCUGGCCACACGCACGCCUUCAGCUUCCGCCGGGAAAAAGAGCGCAAGGGCCAGUCGCACAAAGGCCGCAGCCUCCGCAGAGAAAGCCAGAAGGGGGUCAUCCGAGUAAGUGAGCGGGCUCAAAAGGUUAACCAAAAGGAGAGGUGGGUGGAGGACAGUCUGUCACUGCUCAAGCCCCCACCCGCCUUCCCGGUGCAGGACAGCCCCGCCAAGCUGCAGCCCGCCGUAAGCUACGCCUCCAAGGUGAAGGCGGGAGCAGCAAGCGGAGCCCUGGAGGAGGACCGCCCCGCCAUCGGCGUGCUGCUACAGAACCAGUGGGGUCUCAGUUUCAUAAGUGAGGCGAGGCCGGUCACAGAGGGCUCCAGCACUCGCCCCGCCGCCAACGCCCUCCCCCAACCCACAGACGCUGAACACUCAGACCUACAGUUUGAGACAGUUCUUACAGUCCGGCCUCCUGAAGAAACGCCCAUUCCACUCCCUACCUUCAUCACCGCUCCCACACGCCCAGAGGUGGAUGAGAGCAACGGGAAGCUGCUGCUUAGCUGUCGCCAUCUAGUGGAAGCUUUGAACUAUCACAGUAGAGAAUGGAAUGUGAUUUGUAACAAACAGAAAAAAGUUCCAAAAAAGGUUGUCUGGUACAAGGACAACCAGGAGCACCCAGCCUAGCAGUGUGAGAAGCCCAAAGCAUAACUAAAUAUAUAAAAACACAUACACAACACACACCUACAUGCACAUUAAAACAUGUAAAGAUGGACACAUUUUUGAGUCCCGUUCUCACACACUGCACUCAGGAUGAUGUCUUCACGCAAAGCCACACUGAGACACUUUGGACUAACUCCUUUGAGAUCUUACAGCAAUGGACUUUUUUAACGCCUUACAGAAAGCCUGCCUUAAUUAAUCAGACCUGUUUUCAUUGCCUCUCAUUACCAUUUUAGCUUGUAUGUGUAGAGCUGGUCUUUGUUGGGUUUUUUUUUUUUUUCUUUUUUUAAAAAAAAAAAAAAAAAGAAACAAUCUCUGAGGAGCUGUAAUUUAAUUUCCCCCCUUUUUGAAAGCUACAGUUUUAUCAAACUUUUUUUGUGUCCUCUGUAAAGUGAGCGGUAAAUCAAGCACUUUGUUUAAAAAAUCUGUUGUGACCAAUCCCUGUGUGCAAGAAGCCCUCACCAGAGUGAUUUAUUUAACCCCCUACAAACAGAAGAAUGUCUGUCUUGUACCUGCUUGAGUUUUAUGGUUAAUGUAUGCAGAGGACGUGUG